AUGGUACGUAUCAAAAAUCGAUGGAUCCUCUUCGAAGUAAUUUUCGAGGACAACAAAAUGCCACCACCUCCAUCAUUACCACCACGACAUCAAGAAGACGAACAAAAACAAAUACCUAGCGGUGAAAUUCAUCACGCGCUACGUGACUCUAUCUGUCUUAAUCUCGGCGAUUUCGGGAUGGGAUGUGUGAUCGGCUCGUUGAAUGUAAAAUAUUUCUCCCCAUUCACAAAUAAUGGAAUCUUGCGUGUGUCUCGCGAUCAUUAUCGUCUUAUCUGGGGUGCAUUAACAUUUAUCAAUGAGAUACGCGGACGCCGUUGUCUAGUUCAUGUAUUGCAUGUUGGAGGAACUAUAAAAAAGUGUCAAUUGGCUUGUAUCCAACAUGAUCGUGAGCAGAUCUUGAAGAGACGACAAGCGGCAGAAUCACGCGGUGAUAGUAACUUGAAAGCAUUUGAAGUGUUGCUGGAGGAAUCUCAAAAAGAAAUAAUGACCGUCACAAUAUGA